GGAAGAGUAGCAGCAACGGUAGCGAGCUAGACACAAAGAGUGAGAAAACUCCACGGGCUCUUCGGUUGAAGUUUUAUUGCUUGUAUUUAAUUGUUGAAGUUGCAAGAUGUCUUAUAAAACACUGCACUUGUUGCUAUUUACUGUGUGCGCAGGCGCAGCCUUGGCAACCCACGAAAACAAAAGCGCCAAAGGAAGAAUGUUCUCCUACUUUGACGCUUCCUCCACUGAUGAACCCUUCACCCUGGAGGAUAUCUAUGGUCUCGAAGUCGUCCCGGUGGCGAACGGCACCAAGAGGACCAGCAACGUGGCCGCAAGUCACAUCUCUGAGGACGUGCGUAGCUUCCUGACCGGCCGCUUGUCCACAUUAAUCAUCCCAUCUUUCUACACCUUGGUGUGCCUCUUCGCCCUGCCUGUCAACGCCUGCGCCGUCCUGGCCUUCUCGCGGCGCAUUCGGCCCAAGAAACCCGCCGCCAUUUACAUGCUCAACCUGGCGUGCGCUGACCUGCUCUUCGCCUCGCUUCUGCCAUUGAAGGCGGCAUACCACUUCGCCGGGAACAACUGGGUGUUCGGAGAGAACGUGUGCCGCGUGGUUACUGCCGCUUUCUACUGGAAUAUGUACUGCUCAGUCCUCCUAGUGGCGUGCAUCAGCGUGGACCGCCUCCUGGCAGUAGUGUAUCCCAUUGACUCGCUGGCGUGGAGAACGCCACGCAACGCCGUCCUAGCUUGCGUGGCCAUGUGGGUCCUGUCCCUGGCGGGCUCAGUGCCUCUGGUGGUCUCGGAGCAGACGUUCUACCUGAAGGAGCUAAACAUCACCACCUGCCAUGACGUCCGGCCGGUGGGUGAGGUGGUCGGGCUCUUCGGGCCGUACUUUGUUGCCUUGUGUGUUGCCCUCUUCAUCGUCCCGCUGAUAGUCACUGUCACGUCGUACAUCCGCGUCAUCUGGUCCCUGAGCCGGGCCCCUCGCGGUAUUCCCGGACGCUCCCGUCGGAAAACCAGAGCUCUGGUGAUGGCGCUAACCGUUCUGGUGAUGUUUUUCUUGUGCUUCGCGCCCACAAACUGCCUCCUCCUGGUGCAUUACGCGCAGCUCCACAGCGGGGUGAAGCAGGUCAGUGAUGCCCCUGAGAGCUCAUACGUGGCAUACCUGUUCUUCCUGUGUUUUGGCACUCUUAACUGCCUGCUGGAUCCGUUGCUCUACUGCUUCGGGUCAUCCCAAUGUCAGCGAGAGCUUGCCGGAGCACUUAAGUGUCAGAAGAUAGGUGAGAGCUUCAGCACCAGCUCAUCAGACUCGUACAGAUCCAGCACCAGGACCAUUUUGAAGAGUAGCCACACAGAGCGUUCUGUUCAAAACGUCUCACAUGCCAAGAAGGAUUCUUUGCAGAGAAGCCAGAGCGGCCAGUAUAAGAAACUUCUAGUCUGACUAAAGAACCACCAAAAACAAUAACCAGUCCAAGUUAAGUACAUUUUUACCACGUAAAUUUUCCUCUGGGAAUCUCUGGAAGCUGGUCAAUUUUACCUGAUUUACCUGAGUCCUUCCAAAAAAUAAGGCUUGGAAAAGUCUUAGACUGCAGUGUACAAUAAUUGGAAAGCUGGCAAGAAACCUCUGGUCUUGACUACCAGACCAAGACCACGAACCAAACUCUCCCAGGAAACUUUAGAAGAAGCAGAGGAUCAGGUUCUCAUCAAUUCUAUCUAAAACCUAAAGUUUCAGGAAGUUUUGAUUAGGGUGAAUGUCUUAAACAGGGUCUCAAAACUAAUCCUCGAGGGCCGCUGUGGGUCCUGGGUUUUGUUCCAACAUAUCGAGCGCAGACAGUUAACCAUGGAGGUUUCUGCUAAAACUAGCAGCCCCUCACUGCAAUUAACUGGUUAUACUUGUAUGACACCAGAUCAGUGCAAAGGUGUCGUCUUGUUUUCUGGAAUGAAAUACUGUAUCCACUGCAGCCCUAUGUGAAAUAGUUUGGAGAUCACUGGUCUUAAAGGUGCUAUAUGGAGUUUUUGUUAGAUAGUCACUUUUUAACUCGUGACUGCCACUUCCGGCCUUUAGUGUAACUACAGUUUUUGCAAAGGGGGCCAGAUUUGGUGUGGUAAAAAUGUGGGGGCCAACCUUGGCUGACGACCUUUACAUAGAACAAUAUAUUUAAGCAAAUUUUAGCAAGCCAUUCUGUUUGUCACAUUUGCAUCAUUAUUUUUUUAAAUUAUUGUAUUGGCCCGAAUAUAAGACGGCCCUGAUUAUAAGACGACCCCCUCUUUUUCAAGACUCAAGUUUGAAAAAAAUUGACUUUUUGAACACCAUAUUAAUUUUUAUACAGAAAAUAAAUACAGUACAUCUGUUUUACGAAAUUUCCAGGUUCGCGGUGAAUCAGUAACAGGCACACUUUUGCUCAAUAGACAAUGUUUAUUGAUUACCAAAUGCAGAACAAAUGAGAUUUAUUGCUUACAAUCCCACAAGAGCAAGCAACAAGCAUCAAAAACAAGCAUAACAAGGGUAACGAUGAUGCUAGAUUUGAGUUUGUCAAUCCCAGAAUCCCCGCGCUGCGUUACAGCACAACCAGGUGUCCCUUAGCAAUUAAAAUCGCUUACCGUGACAAAUGAGCGGGAGCCAACGCUCUGGUAAGGCGGCGAAGGAACAAAGCCAGGCGAUCCGUACGUGACCCGCUGGCGGACUUCUAUAAUGUUUAGACCGCGAAUAUAAGACGACCCCCUCUUUUUCAGUGUUAUUUCAAUGCAAAAAACACCGUCUUAUAUUCGGGCCAAUACGGUAAUAAUUUCAACAAUCUCGCAACUAGCCUUGUGGCGUUCUCUUUCGACUCUCGGGCUCUUGCGAAAUACUGCUGCUGUGAAAUUAAACUAGCUUCAAGUUGCUUCAAUGUCUUGCUGCGUAUCUUCUCUGUAAUUUUGUCGUACAGGUCAGCGUGUCUUGUUCGGUAAUAUCGCCUCACAUUGAACUCUUUAAAAACAGCGACUGUCUCUUUGCAAAUGAGACAGACACAGUUGUUGCGUAUUUUAGUGAAGAAAUAGUCCAAUUCCCACCUAUCCUUGAAGCGUCGGCCAUCGCAGUCAACUUUUUUUGUUGAUUGUCGCCAUUUUAGAAAAUUGGGAGUAAAGGGUCACACGGGUUGCUUAGAGUGCUGCUGCCUUUUAGCGGGUAAAUGAGGAGCAGCAUUUAGUGUGUAAGCUACUUCAUAUGCUGGUGGCAGUACUGCUGACCAAUUUAUUAAGUCUGUGUGCGGGCCAGAUGUUAUUGAUUUUAUGACAGAGGCUGGGGGCCAGAUGAAAUUUGACCACGGGCCGCAUUUGGCCCCCGGGCCGGACUUUGGACAUGUCUGAACUACAGUCUGUGUUAAGCCAAUGACCGUUUGGCUCAUUAAAUCAGCACUAGAAAUGUGAAUACAGUUAGUAGCAAGUCUUAAGUGGGUUAGAAAAGUGUUCAUGCCAAACCGAGAUGAGGCAGAGGCAUGUUGAAACGGUGCCAAACACUCUCUAUUGGAGGGGGGAAAAAAAAGACUUUUUGGCGGCAGUUUCAGUAAAAAUAUCAGAACUAUGUGUACUCAUCAGGGCAUUGGUGGAGUAUGCAUGGAGUACAGGGGUGAAACUUAUGGAGGUAGAUUUGUGUCUUUAUUAUUCAAUCAAAAAAAAAUCUUUUGAAAAUAUAUAUAUUUUUUGUUUGAAGCAACUUAUUUUUUGAUUGAAUAAUAAAGACACAAAUGUCCUAGCCAAAAUGUGGUCCAAACGCAAAAUUACAUUACUUCAGUCAAAAAAAGUUGUUUCAAUCCAAAAAAAAAAACUUGACUUAAAUCAAAAAAAAAAUUUUUUUCAAUCAAAGAAAAAUAGUUUUCUAAUACAUUUUUUUGAGUUUCAAAUUUAUUUUUGCAUUCAAACACAUUUUUUUUUUGAUUGGAGUGACUUUUUCUUCGAUUGAAAAUAUAUAUUUUGAUUGAAGAAACUUUUUCUUUGAUUGAAGCAACAUUUUUUGAUUGAAUAAUAAAGACACAAAUCUACCUCCAUAGAAACUUAGGGGGUGCUGGGGAUGCGACUGGGCCGGGUCCUUUAAGGGGCCCAGUUUGUGGGUGUAAAGCGGGCGUGGUUGGGUGAGGGGAGGGUCAAACAGAAAAAUAAGAUGAUUCGUCGAGCUGUAAUAUAUUGUUUAAGUGUUUAAAUAUCUCUGUCAGCCGCUUGGUAACCCCACACACACACACACACACACACACACACACACACACGCGCGCCAGACAAUCGGUUUAAGGGGCCUGCCAAAGUGUGGAGCGCCGCCAUGUAAAAUUCCGUAUGGUACCUUUAAUAUCUCAUCAUUGUAAACUGAACCAAAGGCUUUUACACCAGGAACCUGCAGAGCGUUUGUCCAAAAUGGGACCCAAAUUUGGCUAAAUGUCAUUAGUGUUGAUCUACCAGAAUUCCUAAAAAAAAAAAAAAAAAAAAAAAAAAAAAAAAAACUGAUAGAAUGCUUUAAAAAAUUCUGUAAUAGGGUCUGGAGCAUGACACAUUUUUUUAGAUUGUAAUGCACCUUCUAUAGUACACCACUUACUAUAUAAAUGUGAAAUGAUAAGCAGCAUUGCAAGCCAAUGAAGGAUGAUUUUUUCUUUUGCACUGUUAAGCCAUUGAAGCUGUUUUAUUACAAAGUCAUUAUUCAUAUGUAUUGUGUGUAUAUUUGUUCGCGUUCUUAACUGUUAUCCUUACACAUUCUUUGUAAAACAAACACGUUCAAAAUCACACUUUUUUACUCUGUUUGGCUAUCACAAACACGCUUAUCCUGAAAAGAUAAGCAGGCAGGCUUCUGAAGUUUUCCGAGAUUUAUGCUGCUCCCUGUUGAUCACCUUGAGUAUUACCUUUCCAUCACAUUGUCAUUCUUGUUUUAGCCGCUAGAAAGCGCUAGAGGAAAGGUUAUGCUUGCAUUAUAUUUACAUAGACACCCAAGUUAUAAUAUUAUACAACGUGUUAAGUUAUUUUAUAUGCAUUAGACACAGUAAGGAGCUGAAGUGAAUGCUAAUUACUGUAUACUACAAGCAAGAAUGUUAGCUGUAUAUGACAUAUCUCAUGGCAGUGUCUUAACUAUUUUGUAUUAUUAUGAAUAAAAAAUUAUAAUUUGAA